AUGCCGCAGGAAGCCAACUAUCCUAACGCAAAGCCAAACGCGAGUGCACUACAUUCCUUACCAAUAGAUACAGGCUUUCUAUCGGUGGCAAUUACCCCCGAAGUUACCAGACCAAACGGUAAUAACGACACGUUAGAUACCACGUCGGCGCAGCUCAUUUAUCAUAAUCCCAUGCAGGAAGGUGUUAUAGGGGAUCCUUACAAUACCCGCCUCUUGCAGAUAGUUAGCUCUAUUCCAUUCACAGGUGAUUUCAACUGGGGAGAGAGUAAAGGCUAA